UCUGUCACCACGGCGCCAACUACAGCAAAAGCUAAUUCCUCCAACAGCGAGGGAGAUUACCAGCUUGUUCAGCAUGAGGUUUUAUACUCAACUACUAACCAAUAUGAAGUAUUGGAAUUCCUUGGCAGGGGUACCUUUGGUCAGGUGGUUAAGUGCUGGAAGAAAGGGACCAAUGAGAUUGUGGCUAUUAAGAUCUUAAAAAAUCACCCAUCAUAUGCACGGCAAGGUCAAAUUGAAGUCAGUAUUCUUCACAGAUUAAGUCAAGAAAAUGCUGACGAGUUCAACUUUGUACGUGUAUAUGAGUGCUUCAACCACAAGAACCAUACCUGCCUUGUAUUUGAAAUGCUGGAACAAAAUCUUUAUGAUUUCCUUAAGCAAAACAAGUUUAGCCCAUUACCAUUGAAAUAUAUCCGUCCCAUUUUACAACAAGUUUUAACAGCUCUUCUUAAGUUAAAACAACUUGGUCUCAUUCAUGCUGAUUUAAAGCCAGAAAAUAUCAUGUUAGUGGAACCUGGACGUCAUCCAUUUCGUGUCAAGGUUAUAGAUUUUGGAUCUGCCAGUCAUGUAUCGAAAGCUGUGUGUUCCACUUAUUUGCAGUCUCGGUAUUAUAGAGCCCCUGAAAUUAUUCUGGGAUUACCUUUUUGUGAAGCCAUAGAUAUGUGGUCACUUGGUUGUGUCAUAGCUGAAUUAUUUCUGGGUUGGCCUUUGUAUCCAGGAUCUUCAGAAUAUGACCAGAUUCGCUAUAUAAGCCAAACUCAAGGUUUACCUGCUGAACACAUGUUAAAUGCAGCAACUAAGACAACACGUUUCUUUUUUCGUGAGACUGACAGCAGUUAUCCCUUUUGGCGACUCAAAACACCCGAGGAACAUGAAGGUGAAACUAAUAUCAAAUCAAAAGAAGCCAGAAAAUAUAUUUUUAAUUGUUUGGAUGACAUGGCCCAGGUCAAUGUGCCCAAUGAUUUAGAAGGAGGAGAGCUAUUAGCUGAAAAAGCGGACAGACGAGAGUUUAUUGACUUGCUUAAACGGAUGCUGACGUUGGAUCAAGAUCGUCGCAUAACACCAGGAGAAGCCCUUAACCAUAGUUUUGUGACAUUGAAUCACCUCAUUGACUAUGCUCAUUGUAGCAAUGUGAAAUCAUCUGGGCAAAUGAUGGAAGUUUGCAGAAAAAAUCGUCACUCUUUUGAUAAUAAUGGGAAUCAAGUAUCUAUUGUAAGCAAUUUAUCUUCAACAUCAAAUGUUGCUUUAGCAUUUAAUAACCAACUUAAUAAUUUGCAGAAUCAGUAUCAAUUGCAGUCCACUAGUUUCUAUCAACCUACUCAUCAAGUAACUGCACCACCAAGGGUAAACAUAUCUCAGACUCAGGCUCAGCCACGAGUAGCAGCUGUAGCCACAAAUCAAUAUGCAGCUGCCGCUGCUGCAGCAGCAGCAGCCAGAGCUGACCCUUUUCAACAUGCUGCUCAGUCACUCUGUGUAUCAUCAAUUCUGUGCCCAUCUUAUCAAGGUUUAAAUUCUCCUGCAAAACAUGUUGUUCCUGUUGUUGCCCAAGCAGCACAACCACAAGCUCUUCAUAUUCAGCCAUCUCUUUUAACACAG